AUGGUCCAACUCAUCUCCGUCCUCGCCCUCGCCUCCUCCGCCCAGGCCCUCUGGCUCGCCACCGUCAACAUGGACUACGGGUCCAACGCCGGCGGCAGCAUCCGCAUGUCUCCCUACUGCCAGGUAGGCAAGGGCAACACGCGCGACGAGGCCCUCUCCAAGGCGUCUUCUACCGUCCACGCCACGGCCAUCAUUGCCGGCGGCCACUGCGACCAGCUGCCCUACCGCAAGACCAACCAGCUCGGCGGCUUCUGGGACGACCAUGGCGACAUCAACUACAUUGAUGGUAACCGCCACUGGUACUGCAAGACGGGCAGCGGAAGCCGUGGUGCUUGCGAUGCUGGUGAUGGUGCUCCCCGUAAGUAG